AUGAUGGACGGCCUCCCCCGAGACAAGAUCAACAUGGCGAAGAAUCUGACCAGCAUGAUCAAGUCUCAACUACGCGCUAUCCAUAACUCAGCUCUUUGCCCCAAGUUCGACGCGUUCGACGUCAUCCACUACAAGUGCGAAGCCCAGUUCGCUGCGGUUGCAGUCGGCUAUGUCAAGGAUCUUGGCGGAUAUGAGACUUUGUUGCGCGGCAGAGGACGCGAGAAUGUCAUCGAGGCGCUUGAGGCGCUCUGGAGCCAUACCCAGAAGCAGUUGACUGAGAAGUUCAAGAAGGAGCCCCUCGAAUUCUGA